UCUCUCUCUCUCUCUCUCUCUCUCUCGGACCGCUUUGUCUCACCAACGCGCACGGAAGGACGUGGGAUUGACUCAACACAUUUGCAGUCCCGUGACCUCCAUACUUGUCUUCUGGACGAAAAGCCGUCUUGGAAAUCGAGGACUGUGAGUACUCAGAAUGUCAGAGAAGGGUUCAACUUCUGAUGUGAAGAACUCCAUGGAGGGAGACAGCAAAAGAAGAGAUCAGGAUCGUGACUCAAAGAUGUCUGAUGAACACCGGGACACAGAUGACUCAUCUGAGAAAACAUCAAGCAGGAUGUCGAGAUCCCCACAGAAAUCCUCCAAAAAACCAAAGACAGUGCCCGUGAAAGUCAUGCUGUUGGAUGGAUCUGAAUAUGAAACUGGACUAGAGAAAUCCUGCAAAGGUCAAGUCUUGCUGGAUAUGGUGUGUGAGCAUCUGAACCUGCUGGAGAAGGACUACUUUGGCCUGACCUUCUGUGAUGCUGACAGUCAAAAGAACUGGCUGGACCCAUCUAAAGAGAUAAAGAAACAAAUUCGAGUAGGCUCCUGGCAGUUUUCAUUUGCUGUCAAAUUCUAUCCUCCUGACCCCUCGCAGCUGAUAGAAGACAUUACUCGGUAUUACCUGUGUCUUCAGUUAAGAGAGGACAUGCUGUCCGGGCGCUUGCCAUGUUCAUUUGUCACACACGCUUUGCUAGGCUCAUAUGCUGUGCAGGCUGAAAUGGGAGAUUUUGACCCAGAUGAACAUGGACUGGACUACAUCAGUGACUUCCGCUUUGCUCCCAACCAGACACGUGAACUAGAAGAGAGGGUUAUAGAACUCCAUCGCACCUACAGGGGCAUGAGUCCUGCGGAAGCUGAGAUGAAUUUUCUUGAGAAUGCUAAAAAACUCUCAAUGUAUGGAGUUGAUCUUCAUCAUGCCAAGGACUCUGAGGGCAUUGACAUAAUGCUAGGUGUGUGUUCAAGUGGACUGUUAAUCUACAGAGACCGUUUGCGCAUUAACCGAUUUGCCUGGCCCAAGAUUCUUAAAAUCUCCUAUAAGAGAAGCAACUUUUACAUCAAAAUCCGCCCUGGAGAGGUAGAGAAAAAGUAUGAACAGUUUGAGAGCACCAUUGGCUUUAAACUGCCCAACCAUCGAGCUUCCAAACGCUUGUGGAAGGUCUGCAUUGAACACCACACCUUUUUCAGGUUGGUCUCUCCUGAACCCCCACCAAAAGGUUUUUUGGUGAUUGGAUCAAAGUUCCGCUAUAGUGGGCGGACCCAGGCCCAGACUCGUCAGGCAAGUGCAUUGAUUGACAGGCCGGCCCCUCAGUUUGAGCGAUCGGCUAGCCGGAGGUACUUACUCUCACGCAGUCUAGAAGGAGCAUCUGCUCUGGGCGAUACGAUGGACAGACUCUCUCAGCACACAUCUAGUGAUCCUGCACACAGCCUCUCCCGAGACGAUCUCGACCGUGAUUACAUGGAGCCCAGUCUGGAGCAGGAUCUGGACCAGCUGCAGAAGCAAAUUUUAGAUAAGAGAGAUACUACUCCAUCAAAGACCAUGGGGGAGGAGCCAGGCUCUCCUCUAGACUCUAAGGCUGAGUCGGACCAGGACUUGGCCCCUCGCCCUAAACAGGAGCAGUUCCUGGAUAAACCUGAAGAUGUAUUGCAAAAACAUCAGGCAAGUAUCAACGAACUGAAGAGAGCACUGAGGGAGCCCAACAGCAAGCUAGUCCACAGAGAGAAACGCCUGUCUGUGACUUCUUCUGGCAGCACUCCAGAGAAAAAAACUGCCUCUGAGGAGCACAUAUUUUUUGAGAUGCAAGACGGUUGUCAAACAGACCUGACCCUCAGUUCAAAAGAGGAAAAGAACAAGAACCCUGCUAGAACCGAUCCACCACUCACUCAACGUGAAGGAGAUGAAGUGAUUAGUGGGAAAAUCUAUAUGACCCAUGGUGGCUCUAUGGGCAGCCAUUACAGAAAAUCAAAUAAGAACUCAAUUCCAUCCCCAGAGAAACCUCAAAGAACCAAGAUGUAUGCUUUAAAGAAUGAACACAUGUAUGAAACUCACUCUUCUGACAAAAACAUAAAUGACAAUAGACUUCCACAUGAGAAAUAUUUGCAGAACAAUAUUCACUCAAAUGGCUAUGAUAAAUAUCCAACAGAGACUCAUUGGACUGCAAGGAGACAUGUUGGAACAACUCAUGCAGAAGAUUGUGUAAACCUUGAAUUUUGGAACAAUGAGGGGAGAAACCAGGGUGAGGUUUCUCCCAAUCCAGUAAUAGACAAAUAUAUGAGAGAUCAGUAUACUGGAGCCAGACGGGACAGACAAUCUGUGGAAAGUACAGACGACAAAAACAAAUCCAUUAGUAAAACCAAAACAACUGAAAACAAGCUAGUUCUAAGGAGUGAUUCAGUUAAGAGUGAUGCUGCUGAACCAGAGCCGAAACGAGUUGUUCCCUUGAAACCUGAGAGGUCCAAAAAACUAAAAGGAAAACAUGGAGUCAAGGAUCAAUGUGGAAAGGACACAAUUUAUUCUAAUUUAUUUGAUGAGACAAAAGAAACCCGGUCAGAUGAAUCAUCUGGAAUUGAAAAAAUACCAGCUUUUUUCUCACAGGCAGCUGUGUCGCCAGUCACUGACAGUACCGCAACAGCGCCGAAGAGAGACUACACAACUAAUGGCUAUGUGAAAGAAACCCGAAAGUGCAUCUAUCCCCCACAAGCAUACAGGAAACAUUAUCAGGAUACAGAAGACAAUACUGAUCAGAGAUUUAUUGCAGAUGAUGACCAGAUAUGCUUUGAAGAUACUUCCCCGCCGUCUGAUUUCCCAUCAAACCAUUUAUUUUCUGGCUUUGAGCAAAUGACUCCUUUCUUUUCUCACGUAAAGUCCCAGAAGUCAAGAGAGCUGCAACAAAAACAGUCUUCUCCUACAGACUACAGCCACAGCCUUCUCAAGAGCUCCAUCUUAGAAUCAGCUCAAAAGAAACCAUCGAGAGAGCCAUGGGAGCGGCGUCUGGGAUCUGUUUCUGAGGAUGACCCUGAUCCAGACAAUCUGUAUCUCAAGGAGACACACCUAGGCAUUGAACGCAAAUGCUCCAGCAUCACGGUUAGCUCCACUUCCAGUUUAGAGGCCGAGGUGGACUUCACUGUCCUCAUGGACCUUCAAACAGGGAUGGAGGAGUUCUCCAGAGGAAUGACGGAGUUAGGAGAGAGGGACCUCUCACCUGAACUUUGUGUUUCAGACCGGCCAGCACAUCCAGCUUUCAUGCUAGGGUCCGAACCCAUCAUCAUUCCCCAGGAGAAACCGGCAGAACUAUUAAGAUCGGUGGAAGAAACGAAACCCAUCAUAGAACAGAGGCCUGUGGAGCAUCGUAAACCUGAGCCUUUUGUGCCAAAAAAAGCUCCACGGUCAGUGAAGGCUGCCCAGGCUUUAAAAAAGGAAUCUGCAGAGUUUGUUCAUAUGCAGUCAAUAAGACAAGACGGUUCAGAAACAGCAUCUUUACCUCUCCAUAGCCGAGAGAGCAGUGACAUCAUUGCCUCUCAAGCUCUAAGAAAAACAGAAGUCAAGAUUGAGACACAGCCGAAUGGGUCAGAGGUUACCACAACCAUUAUGGAGAUAGCAGACCAGGAUCAUGGUAUGAGCGGUCUUCCUGAAGCCCAAUUCUCAAUGGCAGAGAGGGUCUCUCCUGUGAGUUUUGGAUCUUUGGCCAGAGAGGGAUCUGGAUCUCCAAUAUUUGUAACAGAGAAUGUGACAUCAGCCACAACGCAUGUCACCAAAACGGUAAAAGGAGGAUACUCUGAGACAAGGAUUGAGAAGAGGAUUAUCAUUACUGGAGAUGAUGAUGUUGAUCAAGAUCAAGCACUUGCCAUGGCAAUAAAAGAAGCCAAGCAGCAGCAUCCUGACAUGUUGGUAACCAAGGCCAUAGUUGUCAGGGAAACAGAAUCUUCCACACAAGAUACACAUGAGCAGUUCAAGUCCUGAUCUCUAAGGCUGUCAGAACUGUUCACAGGAGAAGUACUGUAUUUUAAACCACCCACUGACAGUGGAUCAUGGACGCCCACUAUCCAGCACCCAUCAAUCCUAACCCACAGGAUCCAGCACAUCCAUGAUAGCAUACAGAUAUACAUCCUUCUUGUCACAAUUCAAAUCUCACAUCUGUGGACCCAUCUGCCUGUUCUGACAUUUAAUAUGGUCAUCCUGAAUAAGAAAACCUUUCUCAGUUUGGUUCUCAAAUACAACAGGCACCAAAAGUGGCAUUGUGCAUGCCAUGCUGGACUACUGAACUAUUUGAGACUAACAAUUUCUCUUGGUGUAAGGAAAUCUAUUGGAUAAGCAAUGUGACUAUAGUCAAAUGUAAGUCAACAUAUCUAAAAGAUGCCUACCAUCAGACCAACUAGAGAGGAUCAGUGCACUCAUCAUAUAGGCACAUAUGGUGUUGACUGGGCAUGGACAGAUUUCUGGACACAAGGACAACAACACGUGCCAGUUAUUAAAUUAAAACGCUUCUGAGAAGCCAUGGAUCUCUGCCAAAAGAGAAAAUAAAACAAAAAAAAACAGCUUUGAAACAAGAUGAUACAAAUACUCAACAUAAAACGAAGAUAACCAUUGUUACACUCUGUAAGCACUCUAUAAGAAUCUCUAUAGGGUCUUUUUCAUGGAAAGUGUUAUGUUGUACGUAAUUUCUAUUUGGCUCUAUUUGGAAACCCCCUUAAUUAAUCUUCUCUGAUUCAAGUUACAAAAAUGUACAUUUUACAAAUAUGGUGCUAAUGACUAAGGUGAAAAAAAAUCCAAAAAUCCAAAAUUCCCACCACUUCUCUCUAAUCAGGCUUUACACAAUCUGGUAAUAAUGUAAUAUGAACAUCUUUAUACAGAUGGUUUUGCACAGGAACUGAAGAACCAAUGAUAUUUUGUUUUCUAUAGAUAUUUUAAACAAAGAAAAAGAUGUCAAGGCCUAGAUAGAACCCGAUGCUAGCAAAGCAGAAUGUGUGUUGAACAAUUGUGUCAUAUGCAUGACAAACUGCCCAAUUACUAGUUCCACUACUUUUUAGAAGAAGAAAAAAACUAAAGAAAAUACAGAUAUUUAGCUUUUUUCAAUUUAACUUAACUCUCACUCUUUUUCUUUAUACUUAAAAAAAAAAAAAGAAAAGAAAAAACGUCCAUGCUAAUUGACCAUGUCCAACAAAGAAAUGUCUUUACAUUUUACAGUGUUUCAGUAUAAUGAUUGGUUACUCUGUGGUGGAUGUCAUGAGCGUUCUUUUCACUUUUUUUCAGUGGACGUUUUGUGCAGUGAUUCUCCUUAAAUUCUUCCCUCUGUAACACUAGUGCUGGAAACAGCCAAAAGAAUGGAUGCAGAUUUGUCUGUUGUAGUGUUUUAUAGGUGAAUGGGCCUUAAAUGGUACCUGCAUUACUGUGCUUUAAAAAUGAUACUUGGGGAUACUGUGUAAGGACAACGGAUCUCAUGCUCUGAUUUUCAUUAGAAAGCUGAAAGUGAUUUGUAGAGGAUUGUGUUAUGGACCUUUAACAAAGAACUGUACCAUGUGAAUGUUUUAUCUAGGCACACCUUUCUCAACUUGAAGAUGUCAUGGGUAGAAUUAGAGCAUUCAAACAUUUAGGCAGUACAUUUACAGACUUAAGUGGAGUGGUUUUCCAGAUAAGGUGAAGAUUUUAAUAUCAUAAUCCUAGAAGAAAAGAGGGAUUUCCUGCUAUUCAACUUCCUAGAUUUAGAUCUUUAGAUUUAGAUCUAAUUAAAUAAAGCUUUUUUAAAUUAUGUUACCUUUUAAUUAGAAAACGGAACCAAAAUAAACCAUUUAUUAUUUUUUUAAACAAAGAUAGUUCUGAUUUCUUGAAUUCUCUGAAUUGCUGAGCAUUGUCUUCAAUUUGAUUUGAAUUUUUUUUUAUAAAUAAAUAGAAUAGCAUUAAGCAUUGCAGCCUACACUGAACUAUAGUUUUAACAUUCGGCAAUUUGGAUGUUUCCUGCCAUUUAACCCCCACCCAGACCACCCCCAACACCACUAAACAAAAAAAAUUUAAAAAGUCAUGGCUGGAAAACCACCCCCCGAUUUUCUUCAUAAGAGUACAAAAGUGCCAUGGAAAGCUGCUAACUUCAUUCCAAGCCAUUCAUCAGCUUUGUAACCCGGACUUUCAUCUCAAAACAAGUCCUCUAACAUAAGCUUAUGAAUGAUUUAGCAGUGUGCUAACUCUAUCUAUAAGAUAUCCUGCUUGUUAGUUUUAUAGUAGUUUUCUCUUCCAUUUCCUGUACUGAGGAUGGGUUAAUGAGAACAAAGUGAGUUGAUUUGGUAAAGAGCCGGUGGCAUCUAUUGUGCAGAUGCCGCUUCCGAUGCCAGUUCAGGGUUCAUAACCUCAUUCUACCUUUUCUAAUAAUUAUUAAUCAUGUGCCAUGGAGGUCAUCUGUUAACAGACAGAGGCAGAGCACCUCAUUGAUGAAUACAGCUCUGCAUCUCUGCAUAUGAUCUGCUCUUUUUGCAUUUACAAUUGUACUCUGUAAUUCCUACUGCUUGGUUUCCUGUGUUUGCUGUACAGUGGUCUACAUGAAAUAAAUUGGCCAAUUAAUGCCA